AUGUGGGCCCAGCCGGCUGGCAAGCCAUGGCGCGCAUGGCCUGUGUCGCAUGCCCUGGCUUUGGAGCCACCUUCGCACCCAAGCCGGCCCAGCCGACCCAGUCGGCUCGGCAAAGCUAAGAGUGAAAGCCUGGCUGGCACGGCCGUUUACCCGAAGUGGCGCCAGGUGUCUAGCGUGGCACUGGGAAUCGCAUUCCGCGCCCGCUGCCGCGCCAAGUACGCGAGCCGCAAUCUGUCCCCGCUGCCUACGCCAGCAGACUCUUGGGCCCUGGUCACUGGCGCUGCCACUGGACUGGGCCAGAAGCUCGCGACAGCCUGUGCAGAGGCAGGCUUCGGCCUCAUACUCACAGACGACGAGUCGGCCCUACAAGAUCUGGAUGCAGUGGCCAUCGCAGGGAGCAGCGCGACGGAUCGCAUCUUAAAGGUGCCAAUCAGCCUCUCGGACCCCUCGGAAGGGGCCUCGCACCUGCACGACAAGCUGAAGGACCUGGACGUGUGCAUGCUGAUGGUUUGCUCAGACCGAUACUCCUACACCGGCCCAUUUCUCAGCCAGAGCGCCGACAAGCUGGACCGCAUGCUUGCUCAGAACGUUGGGGCAACUGCCGCCCUCUGCCUGCUCUUCGCGCGAGAUAUGGCGCAGGCGAAGCGUGGGCGGAUCCUUCUGGUCGGCGCACCGGCAGGAACGACGCCGGGCGUGGCGGGAGCAUGUGCUUUCGCAGGCUCCAUGGCGUUUGUCCGAUCCCUUGCAGAUGGCCUCGGGAAGGAGUUGGCAGACGUGGGUGUGGGGAUCUCUUGCCUCGAGAGCUCUUCGCUGGGCCGCGGUGGGUCCCUCACCGAUGCUUUGGCAUCCACGUGCGUGGGCUUCCUCAUCGAACCUGUCGCAUCGCCUGUCGAACGUGGGCCAUCCAUGCCAGAGCCCGCUCCUUCUGCUUCAAGAUCCGCAAGAGAGAGCCCGGCCUCGCUGCAAAGAGAUGAGGUGGCAAUCGACGACGUCGACGACAGCUGGACUGAGGAGUACCUCAGGCUGGCCGACGAGGAGGACUUUACCCCCUUGCCCUACGCGGCUGAGAUCGAUCGUCUUCAGCAUGCUCCCUUGUCGGAGAUCUCCAACGCAUUGCUUGCAGGCUUGGCAUGCGCUAUCUACGUGCUGGCACGGUCGCCGGGAGUCACGGAGGGCACCAUCCGCGUGCUGGCAGCGGCGGCCUCGUCGAUAAAUGUCCUGUUCUUCCUGGAUUUCGCCGCUCGUUGGUGGUGUCGCGGCCUGCGAUGGCAGUACCUGUUCAAUCCGUCGAUGCUUGUCGACCUGGUUUGUGUCCUGCCCUUCUUGUUGCGGCCAUGGGUCCCUUGGAUUAGCUCGAUGGAGCUGAACUUUCUGAAGCUGAUCCGAGUUCUGCGAAUCUAUCGCUUCUUCCGACCAAAGGCUUUCCAGAGCUUCCUCCGGAUCCUCAUCGGCCCGGAGCAGGCGGAGCCCUAUGAGGAAGGUCUCCGCGAAGUCAAGCCCUAUCAGCUCCAGGUCUUGCGGACCUUCGGUGUGGUCUUCACGCUGAUCUUCGUCACAGCCGGGCUGUGUUAUGAAGCCGAGCAUGCCGUGAACCCGCAGUUUGCCGACAUCUUCUCAUCCUUCUAUUUCAGCGUGAUCGCGCUCUCCACUGUUGGAUUCGGCGACAUUGAGCCCAUGACGGCUGGUGGACGUCUCGUCAUCACGGUGGCGAUCAUCGUGGGGCUUUGCCUCAUUCCAUCCGAGGCAACACUGGUGGCCAAUGCCAUCACAGAGGAGCAAACAAAGGUCGAUGAAGCGGAGGCAGAGUUGGCGCUCGUCGAGGCAGAGAGAACCCGAGCGCAACUUGCGUGGGACGCGGCUCGCAUUGCCGAGCUCGAGGAGACUGAGCGCGAGGAGAGGGCGCGCCAGAGCCAGCUGGAGGAGUGGUUCGGCCAGUUGUAG